UAGGGUUUCGAAGCUCGGGGACGACGACGAGGGUUUCCUCCCACCCACCCACCCCAUUUCCGCCCACUUUUGCCUCGCGAUCUCGACGCUGUUCUCCAAUUCGACCCCGAAUUGAUCGAAUUAGGGCUUCAAUUUGGAGAUGGAGACCCAGUGGAUCUCCGAUUUCGCGCACCCGGGGGUCGACAAGCGCCCCAGGAAGAGGCCCCGGCUCAAUUGGGAUGUGCCCCCUCCGCUUCCCCCUCCCAAGGCCCUGCAGAUGAUAUAUUGUAGUCAGGAAAUUGCUAAUGGGACCAUAACCAACCAUUUUAUGCCUGCGGUUUAUUACACUGGGGUGCCUCGAAACAUAUCUCCUCCAUGGAGACCGGAUGACAAGGACGGCCACUAUGUUUUCGCCAUCGGCGAGAAUCUAACACCUAGAUAUAGGAUACUCAGCAAGAUGGGUGAAGGAACAUUUGGACAAGUCGUGGAAUGUUGGGACCUCGAAACUAAAGAAACAGUGGCUAUCAAGAUUGUGCGUUCACUUCAAAAAUACCGCGAAGCUGCCAUGAUUGAAAUUGAUGUGCUCCAGAAACUUGCAAAGCAUGAUUUCACUGGCACUCGUUGUGUGCAAAUACGGAAUUGGUUUGACUAUCGUAAUCAUAUUUGUAUUGUAUUCGAGAAGCUUGGACCGAGUUUGUAUGAUUUUCUCCGAAAGAAUAGCUACCGCUCUUUUCCCAUUGACCUAGUCAGGGAACUUGGCAGACAAAUUUUGGAGUCUGUUGCAUUUAUGCAUGAUUUGCGGCUUAUUCACACUGAUCUGAAGCCAGAAAACAUUCUUCUUGUCUCCUCGGAUUGUAUUAGGGUCCCUGAUUAUAAGGUUUUGUCCCGAUCUGCUAAGGGUGGAUCAUUUUUUAAAAACCUUCCAAAGUCUAGUGCUAUCAAGUUAAUAGACUUUGGAAGUACAACAUUUGAGCACCAAGAUCAUAGUUAUGUUGUUUCAACUCGACAUUAUCGUGCACCAGAAGUCAUUCUUGGACUUGGGUGGAAUUACCCUUGUGAUUUAUGGAGUGUGGGUUGCAUUCUUGUCGAGCUUUGUUCGGGCGAAGCACUUUUUCAAACCCAUGAAAAUCUAGAGCAUCUAGCUAUGAUGGAGAAGGUUCUCGGUCCGCUUCCCCAGCACAUGGUCAUUAGAGCUGACCGGCGUGCUGAGAAAUAUUUCAGGCGAGGAAUGCGAUUGGACUGGCCUGAAGGGGCGACUUCAAGGGAAAGCAUGCGAGCAGUUUGGAAGUUGCCUCGUCUCCAAAACUUGGUAAUGCAGCAUGUGGAUCAUUCUGCUGGGGAUCUAAUCGAUCUUCUUCAAGGACUUUUCCGCUACGAUCCUAACGAACGUAUGAAAGCACGGGAAGCUCUUCGGCACCCUUUCUUUACAAAAGACCAUAGAAGAUAUGGCUACUUGAACUGAGCAGCUCUAUUUGUUUUGUUACUCCCAAUUUAUUCUGUAAGAAUCCCGAAGCAAAGGUGAUGCUCUAUCGGGGUUGAUAAUGAAACACGGCGAUGACAUGUAAGGCUACCGCUGUACAAAGAAGAAGAAAAACUCCUCAAGAAUGAAUUUACUUGAUUUGGAAGCAUUGGCCAAAUGCUGUCUACGUCUAUACAUUAUUUCCUUUCGUCAUUUUUCAUGA